AUGGAUUGCUGGAAAGGAACCUCGGCUGAUCAGGCUCGUCACGCGCCUCCACCUCUGGCGGCGGUGGCGCAGGCACGGUGCUCGACCAAGUGCGUCCCGGCCCCCCCGGCUUCCGAGACGCCAAGUCUCGACGAGGCGUUGGAGUUGGAGGCGCAGCGCCGGCCGUGGGCGGACCUCCCGGCGGACAUCCUCGGCGUCGUGGUCGGCCGCCUUGCCCUCGUGGAGGACCGCGCCAGGCUGCGCUCCGUCUGCCACGCGUGGCGCGCCGCGGCGCGCCUCCACCGGCGCCCGCCGCCGCCGCUGCCACUGCUCGUGCUGUCCGACUCCUCGUUCUCCAGCUUCCGCGCGGACGGGACCACGACGGGCGCGCGCCGCCGCGUCCCGCUGCCGGAGACGGAGGCGGCGGAGGCUGGCGGUGACGUACGCUGCGUCGGCUCGUUCGAGGGAUGGCUCGUGGGCGCGGAGCGCGACACAAGUCGCGGCAUUGGUGACCUCCGGUGCUUCUUGGUGAACGCAUUCUCCCGGGAAGUCGUCCGCCUCCCGCCUCCUUCCGCCGCCACCAACCCCGUCGACGCACGCAGCAGGUCCCUCCCCAUCGCCAAUGGUGGCGGCUCCGAUGUGGUGAUGAGUUGCGUGAUCAAUGCUGCAGAGUGUGUGACAUCGUUUCGCAAGGUGGUCCUGUCAUCUUCACCGCAGUCCGGGACCGACUGCGUUGUGGCUGCCAUCUCCAUGAUCGAGGAUACUACCAAGCUUGCUCUCUGGCGACCUGGAAUGGAGUCAUGGUGCGUGUGCUACGGCAGCUGUGUCCCUAAGUUCACUGAUGUCAUCUUCUGCCAGGGGAAGCUCAACAUGCUCAGUUGCAGCGAGCUCACCACAGACCUCUUUUCCCUUGAGCUCUCUGAAGACGACGACGACGACAGCGGUCUCAUGGUUUCUCGUAUCGACUGUCGUGAGAUUGAAUGGCCUGAGGUCACGGAUGGCUAUCACCAGAACUGGAGCAUGGUAGAGUGGCGUGGAAACCUCUUGAUAGUUGCGACGUACACGAGCGACAUCGACGAUGAAGUUUGGCCGAGAAUUGUUGAGGUGAGGGUGUUUGAGGCGAGCUUGAGCACAGACCCUGUCAGAUUCACUGAGAUCAAGAGCUUGGAUGGCGACUGCGUCUUCAUCAGCCCGUGCAACAGCAAGGCAUUUCGUUCAUGUCAGUGUGAUGGGGUUGAAGAUGACCGUAUCUACUUCAUUGAUGGCUACCUCCCCCCGGAUAAAAAUGCCCGCCCUUUCGACAAAUUUGUGUACAACAUGAAAGAUGGUACAAUGGCACCGUUUGCUGCAGACAUAACGGAGGACAAACUUCAGGCGCCAGAUGGUAUGCUGAUGCAUCCAACAUGGUUAUUUCCUCCUGAAUGAACUGCUGCAGCUCAGCUCUGUCACUCUGAUCCUAACGAGUCUUAUUGUACAGAGCACUAAUUCUUGAUUGGGGCCAAGUGCCACGGUGUUGUAUUUCUGAGAGCUGAAACAAG